AUAUUUUGCUUACAUAUCUCGUUUUCAACAUGUCUUUGGUGGCCUCUCCCUUCACGUUCCUGGUGCUCACUCAGAGGAACAACCACCAUCGCCGCCAUGGGAACCAACGUUAUCGAUUGCUCCCUUCUGUUGAAGGUAAAGCAAUGGCUAUAGCAAUGGAACCUAGUGAAGAAGCUACAAUGAGAAAACCACGUAUGAAAAAGAGGCGAGUAGUUGUGACGGGCAUGGGUGUGGUUACACCACUUGGUCACGAUCCAAAUGUCUUGUAUAAUAAUUUACUUGAAGGUGUUAGUGGGAUAAGCAAAAUCCACUCUUUUGACUGUACACAAUUUCCAACGAGAAUAGCUGGCGAGAUCAAAUCUUUCCCAACGGACGGUUGGGUAGCACCAAAAUUUUCAAGGAGAAUGGAUAAAUUUAUGAUAUAUUUGCUAACAGCAGGGAAAAAGGCAUUGGUUGAUGCUGGAGUUACUCAAGACAUAAUGAAUGGGUUAAAUAAAGAAAAAUGUGGCAUUUUGAUUGGCUCAGCAAUGGGUGGCAUGCGGGUUGGUUAUGAUGCUUGUGAAGCUUAUCGAGUCUCGCAUAAGAAGAUAAAUCCUUUUACCAUACCGUUUGUAGCAACAAAUAUGGGUUCUGCCAUACUCGCGAUGGAUUUGGUUUGUGGUUGGAUGGGUCCUAAUUACUCAAUCUCUACAGCAUGUGCUACCAGUAAUUUUUGUAUAUUAAAUGCUGCAAACCAUAUCAUUCAAGGUGAAGCCGACCUUAUGCUUUGUGGGGGCUCAGAUUCUGCUAUUGCUCCAAUUGGCUUGGGAGGCUUUGUGGCAUGUAGGGCACUCUCACAGAGAAAUAGUGAUCCUACCAAAGCUUCUCGCCCUUGGGAUAUUAAUCGUGACGGAUUUGUCUUAGGGGAAGGUGCUGGAGUUUUGCUUUUGGAAGAAUUAGAGCAUGCCAAGAAUAGAGGUGCACAUAUAUGUGCAGAAUUCCUUGGUGGAAGCUUUACUUGUGAUGCUUAUCAUGUGACCGAGCCACAUCCCGAUGGGGCUGGUAUUAUUCUUAGCAUCGAAAAGGCAUUGGCUCAUUCUGGAGUAUCAAAGGAAGAUGUGAACUACAUAAAUGCACAUGCUGCUUCCACAUCAGUCGGAGAUCUUAAGGAGUAUCAAGCUCUUAUUCAUUGUUUUGGCCAAAAUCCUGAACUAAGAAUAAAUUCAACGAAAUCUAUGGUUGGUCAUCUAUUGGGGGCAGCUGGUGGGGUGGAAGCCGUAGCAACAAUACAGGCAAUAAAGACAGGGUGGGUUCAUCCUAAUAUCAAUCUAGAAAACCCAGAUGAAGGAGUGGAUACCAAUGUUCUUGUCAGCUCUAAGAAAGAGAGACUAGAUAUCAAGGUUGCCAUGUCUAAUUCGUUUGGUUUUGGUGGCCAAAAUUCCUCAAUCAUAUUCGCUCCUUUUAAGUGAAAUAGAUUUAAGAGAGUAUUACCGGUCUAUCACUACAAAAAAGAAUACCUAGUCAAUGCAGUGCAUAGUCACACUACUCCUUUGGUUGAGCGAAAAUGGUCGCGAGGUGGAUUGCUUUCUUGGAUGAUAUGUUGUUCAAAAAUAAUGGUGAAGUAGUCCUUUAGAAUCAAAACUUCCAAAGAUUGUCAUUCCAAGGUUUCAUUGUCUCUUCGGACAUUGAUUAGGGGAGUGACUAUGGUACCCCUAUAAAUAUAUAUAAAGAAUGUUGUUUUAGAAAAAUUAGUUCUCAAUCCAAUCAAAGAGUACCACGUCUAUUAAAAUUUUACUUCACUUUUAUAAUAUGAUUCAAGAUGAUUGAAAUUUUCCUAUUUGUGAGCCAAAUCCUAAGACAAAAAAACAACACAUUGUGUACGAAUCGAAUCCACCUUUAACUUAAUGUUGAAGACAUAUGGCACUAGCGAAUGAUUUUACCUUUGAAGUGGAGAGCUUUGACAACGGCGAUAGUAACAAAAGACGAUGAAUUAAAAUUCUUAAAGCUUAAGUUUUAAUAAUAAAAAAAAUGUUUUUGAACAUGGUAAGACCAAACACUUUAUAAACAAAUCAUACAUUUUCUAUAAAACAACAAUAUAGAUUAUGUUUUGAAUAUAGAUUAUGUCUUAGGAGAUCUAUGCAGGUCGAAGGGUAGGAGAGGCAAAACUUGU